AGCUGAUCCCAAGUAACCCGCUCGCAGGUCCUACUCACAAUGGCGGAUCCGCGGGCAACCGAAGCUUCAACAAAGCAUGAAGUCCCUAAUCGCAGUGACUUCAUUCCUGGUAACGACACCUGGACUCAGUGGCGCAACAUCUUCGCUAUCCUGACUGGUAAAAUGAGCGAUGAGGGGAAAGAACAAUUUCGUUCCGCUCGGGACGCACGAAACGAGGUUGCGGACUGCACGCGCUGCGAGAAUCAGCGAGAUUACCUAUUGCAGUUCAGUCCGGUGAUUCGAUUCAUGAGCGACAGUAUCCGACAGCUUGGAGGAGAUCUUUCCAGUCAUAAUAUAUACUGCCGCCGAUGCACCAGUCGGAAGGCAGGGGGGUUUGAUCCUGACUACGGUAUCCUGCUCUGCGCGAAUGAGAUGAAGGAUCAGGGCCAUUUAGAGGAUACAUUAGCGCAUGAAAUGGUUCAUGCCUAUGAUCACCUCAGAUUCAAAGUCGACUGGUCAAAUAAUUUAAGGCACGCGGCUUGUGCAGAGAUUCGAGCCAGCUCGCUUAGUGGAGAAUGCAGAUGGGCACGAGAAUUUUUCCGCCGGGGUCAGUGGAAACUGACACAACAACACCAAGAAUGUGUACGACGAAGAGCAAUCUUGUCAGUCCGAGCAAGGCCAGGAUGCAAGGACGAAGCCCAUGCUGAGAAGGUUGUAAACGAAGUGUGGGACAGCUGCUUCAGAGAUACCCGCCCCUUCGACGAAAUCUAUCGCUAGCACUUAAGAUGAUGAUUCCAUUCCGUUUAAACCCUUACACAAAGUGUGUGCUAUGCAUUCAACUGGAAUCCUCAGGGUGUCCGUGACACGGAUUCAAGUUCCAUCGCUAACUCAAGAAAACCGGCAUCCGUUCUAACAAUAACACCAGCUCUAUCAACUCCGCUGUGAC